AUGCCAGACCUCCUCACUCCUCAAACAAUCGCCUCAGCCGGUCCCCUCGUCAUCGACACCCUGCUCAAACACUUCCUCUCGCACAAGUCCCUCAAGGCGCGAAGUAAAGCCCGGGGCGACGACCUACUCUAUGAUGAGGCUUUCGUACUGAUGAAGACCUUUCUGGAGUCUGCUACAAAAUACCCCGUCGCCUCGCUCCAGAAAUUCGGUCAAGUCCGCACUCCCGCCCCGCCCGCUGUAGCGAUCCACCACAUCUCCAUCCCACACCGCUCUCUCGCCCUGUCGGCGGAAUACCUGAUCAAGGCGUUCGGGGGCGAAGAGAUGGCGUACAAGAUUGCGGGUGGGAGUAAGUGGUGGCAGGUCCGUGCGGGGGCGGGGCUGGAGGCGGAGUGGAUCGUGAUGAAGAAGGAUUAUAGGGAGUGGGAGAGAGGGGAGAAGGGGCGGAAGAAGAGUGGGGCUGGGGCUGAGGGGAAGAGGGGGUCGGGAAGUGGACCGGCUAGUGGGGUGGGAACGCCGAAAGGGAAGGAGAAGGCCAAGGUGGGGGUGGAGAAGGAGGAGACGGGGGAAAGUGCGGAUGAUGCUGGGUGGAGAAGCGAGAUGGACGAGACGAGGUGCAUGCUGUACAUCCAUGGUGGAGCAUACUACUGGGGCUCGAUCAAUACCCACCGCUAUACUAUCUGGCGGUACGCUCGUAAGAUGCGCGGUCGGUGCUUUGCCGUCAAUUACAGAAAAGCUCCCCAAUACCCCUUCCCCUGCGCAAUCCAAGAUUGUCUCGCCGCAUACCUCUACCUGACCCGUCCUCCCCCGGGUGCACCACACCGCCCCGUCCGGCCCGAACACAUCAUCAUCGCCGGUGACUCGGCAGGUGGGGGGCUGGUUCUGGCCUUGUUACAGAUAUUGAGGGAUACGGAGGGGCUGGAGUUGCCUGCUGGGGCGGUGUUGAUCAGUCCGUGGUCAGACUUGACGCACUCGUUUCCUAGUAUCCUGCAUAACACCUCGACCGACAUUGUUCCGCCUUACAGCUUUAUCCACAAACCUUCUUCCCUCUGGCCACCUCCCCCUCCGGACCUCACCAACAUAGUCCAAUCCCGUCUCAAAUCCAAGAUCCAGCAACUCACCUCCCACCUUCACUCACACCACGCCGAGACCUCCUCUUCCACCACCCCCUCUUCCUCUCAGUCCGCAGCUCCACAUCGACCCAAUGCGGACCAUGCCAGCGACGCCGAUGACGGGGACAGCGACGAUGCCCAGAACCCCAUCCAAAAUAUCCCACUAAUGGGUCGACCUGCGGACCUGCCCGAGAAGCUCCGUUCGUCCCAGCUCGGAACGAAGAAGAAGUUCAGCCUGAACUUUGGAAGAGGGGGCGCGGACCUGCAUCCGACGACACAUAAGGGCGAUGCGGGGCAUCAGCCGUUGCCGGAAGGUGAAUCGGGGAGGAACCCUAGUCGGGCGAAUCCGGCGGAUGCGUAUAGGAGGUUGGAGCCCAGAGAAUUAAGGGAUAAGGGCGGCAGAGAGGAUGGUGGAGGAGUAGCUGGUUCUGGCUCCGUGGGUGGUGAUACUGGAAAACGGGGUACUGGAGAGAGAGGAGGCGCGACGACCGAGGACGGGACCGCAACGCCCAAAGCACCAGCGCGCGGCUCGACAUUGGCGAAAUGCGACUACCCCGUGGAGUUGACGGUCCAAGGCGAACCGGUCGUCAUUGAUACCCAGAUCCAACUAUACGCUACCAAUGCGCAGUUGUGUUAUCCGCUCGUCUCGCCCGUGUUGGGGUAUAUGGGCGGGCUGUGUCCGCUUUAUGUGUGUUGUGGGGAUAAUGAGGUGCUCAGGGAUGAGAUUAUAUAUCUUGCGCACAAAGCUGCCAACCCGGGCAAAUAUCCAAUUAGGGACGACGUCAAGGCGAUGAUGCCGCACUAUGAAGGGAUAGAGGAGAGGUAUGGACCUACCAAGGUCCAUCUUCAGGUGUAUGACGGCACCGGCCACGAUCUCCCCCUCUUCAGUAUGUGCAAAUCCGCCCGCGGGGUCUUUCGCGCCAUAUCGACCUUUGCGCGCUUUGUCACUCCUUCCGCAUCCGUCAUGCCCACAUCUACGUCUACAUCUUCGGCUUCUGCCCAUGCGUCUGCUUCCACGACCGGAGCAGGAUCUGGCAGCGCAGGAAAAGGGUUCGGAGGGUUCAGCAUGACGCCGUAUUCCCUUACCAGGCGGAACUCUACCAAGGCCACUGCGACUCCGCGGAGUACCGGUUCGAGUCCGCGGGUCGGGCCUGCCGAUCUUGUGCCGUCCGCUGCGGGGUCAGGUGACUCCAGGAGGGCGUCGAAAGUGGACUACACGGAGCUUGCGCCUCCGCUUCCUCUAACGGCGAUUACGGAGUUGUCGAUUUCGGAAUCCCCCAGAACGAGUCUGGCGCCUUUUCCGAUCACCACGACCACCGCUUCGAGCGGGACAGCGACAGCAAGCGGAAGCAGCGGGACUGGAAGUACCAGUACCCUUGCUGGAAGAUCGGAUUCUCUUCACAUCCAGCGGGAUAUCCCACCUUCGGAAAGUCCUGUCCCGAUGUCGCCUCUCUCGCGGCCUACUGUCGGUCGAAGCCUCAGUGCCGUCUCGUCCUUGACAAACACGCCGACCGAGGAGGGACAGCCGGGAUUGGCUAGUCCGCUAGCACCCGCUGCGCCCGGCGUCGGUGCCGGUGCAAGUGGGGACGACGCGGGACCGAGAUGGGGCGGAUUUGAGGAUGAUCAUAACAACGCCAACGAAGGGGAGGCGGGACAUCCUUCCGUCUAUCGCGGACCGCAGGCAUUCAAGGACAAUAUGAUCCGCGAACGCGUCGACCCGAACGGCCACCUCCGGGCCCUCGAGCCUGAAUCGGAACUAGGAGCCAUGACGAUGCCCUCUGGUGAGAUCGGGACGAUCAAGGAGGGACCGGCGAUGCGAUACCUCACCGGCCAGUAUUUAUGGGAUAAGCGGUAUAAGCGGGCGAGGAAGGAGGUGGAGAAGCACCGAGAGAGGAAUUUGAGGGACGCGAGGGGGAAAGAUAGGGAGAGGAUUGUGAGGGGCGUGAAGGGACGGUAUGAGAGUCAUAAGGCUAGGAAGGCGGCGGAGGCUGAGGCUGAGAAGGGGGAGAGGGGGGAGAAGAAGGGUGGGGCAGACGUGGAGGGAGGGGAAGGGGCUGGAGGGGAGAGUGAGUGGGAAGACAGGGCGGAGGGAGAGGGAGAGGGGAACGAAGAGCAAGAUUGGAGCUGGGAUUGGUCGUGGGCGCUAGAUGGGGAAACACCGCCCCCAUCUGCGAUCGUCAGUCGGCGAGAUACUACUGAAGCCCGUAAACUCGCCCUGAUGGCGGACCGGCUGGACUCGUCCAAGCCUACGCACAUAGGCGGGCUGUCGAUCUGGGUCGCGCUCGCUACAUUCUUUUCGAAUGUCGGGGAAAAGGAGAAGGCGAGUGAGGCGCUCAAGGAGGCGAAGGCGAAUAAGGCCGGAGACGGGGGAAGGAGGGGGAGUGAUGAUUCGGUGGAUGUGGGGACGGACGGGGAGGAGCUGGGGGGGACGGGGACUGCAGAUGAGGGGGAAGGGGGGAGUCAUGGGACAGGAACGGGAACGGGAGCGGGAGCGGGCGUAGAGGCAGGAUUAGGGGCUGGCGAGAAGAGGAGGGGGAGCUCUACGUUGGAGAAGCUGGGUCAUGCGUUUGGGUUCAAGUAG